UUUAUCCCACCCCCCACCACUAGUUUCUAGUGCAGGCAGACCCGAACUCCCACAUCCACACACAAUAUUCAAUGCAUUUUCGGGACACUGCAGUGGGAAUCUCGACACUCGACCGCGUAAAAUUUUGGCUUCUCAGACAAAUUUAAAUAUUCUUUUAUCAAAUCAACAUGAUGCGAGUUAGUUCCCGGUUGCCUGGUUACAUCCAUAUACAGAUUCGUAAUCUACCUUUCAAGCCUACCAAUGUAACCAGCCGCUUAGCUUCUCAGUAUCCCCCUCAACCGAAGAAGUCUCGAAUUGGACUCUACACUUUUGGCACGGUUCUCCUAGCAUCUGGAGGCGCCCUACUUUAUGCAAAAUAUGAUGAGGACUUUCGUAAGCAAGUUGUCGAAGUUGUGCCAUAUGCAGAUGAUGGAAUAAAACUCAUCUUUCAAGAGGAAAAAGCUAUAACUGAAUCCAUCUCAACAGCUCUAGGUAUUACUCCAGAUGCAGCAACUGAUCAGAGAGCUCCUGAGGUUAAAUCUGAGAAGGUUGCUAAACCACCCAAACCUGUUGAAGAUAAACCUGCUAAGUCAUCCUCUGCUCAAACUUUCCGAUCGGUCUUGUCUGUGGAGGAUCUCCAGGGAAUUGAAAAAACCAUUGCUGAUUCUGCUAUUUCAUUAUCCAAGUCAUACAAAAUAAUUGGCAAGCUCCUGAAAGAGCAACUAACCAUUGUGUCAGAAAUUGUCGACAAAAGCUCUGAACGUCUGAACCCAGAUUUGGCAUCUGUGAUCCAGGAAAAAUCUGGCAAGUUGAGCCAGGCUCUAUCAGAAGAAGAAGCUAAAGUUAAAAGCACCUUGGACAAAGUCAAUGAACUGAGGCUGAAAGUUGGUACCAGUAGACUGGAGGGUCCCCGUGACAUUGUGGAGUUGAGUAAACGAAGAAUAGAUCAGUCUGCAGCUGCCAUGAGAGAGUCAGCCUCUCGUAUCAGUGAAGAUCGAAAUCUAUUACACCUGGCAGAUCGUACCUGGGAAAAACUCGAAACCUCUCGAAAAACCUUUGCUGAGGAACUACACAUACUUUUUCCGUCUCUGGACAUACCUAAGAGGAUAUUAAAUUUGGAAAAACCACAAGUUGACCUCUUUCUCCUUUAUGCUUACAUGCAAGUGAAAUUGUAUCAAGACCGUCUUUGUGACAGUGAAAGGAAAAGAUCAGCUAGAAUUAAAAGAGCGUUGUCAUCGUUUGCAUCAUCAGAGGAGGACCAAGAACGCAUUGGCAAUGAGGUGUCUGACAAAGUCAUUCAACUUAAGCAAGAAAUGGAGAAGGAACUUAAAGAAAGGGUUGUACAAAUAAAAGCAGAAUGUGAGGCUGAGAUCACGCGACACCUUGCUAGAGCCACUGAAGCACACCUCCUUACUGUCCGUGAUAUGGAGGAGCAGCAAGAGGCUAAGCUAGUACAGAAACAUGCUGCUAUAAUGCAAGAUUUAGUCCAAACCACGGAGAAGAGAAAUGUCAAAGUGUUAACAGAUAUGCAGAAGCAAAUGUCUGAGAUAAAUGAGCUUGUCAAAGCUCGUGCUGAUGCAGAUCAAUCUGCUCACCGCGCUCAAAUGCUCUGGGCAGCUUGUCAUUCGGUGGUACGAUCUCUUAGAAGAUUGCAACCACUGAAGCACUAUGAAGACAAGGUUGUUUCCAUCAAAGGAGAAAUAGAAGCACUGAGCUCCGCCAGUUUGGCAAAUGACCAACUUGUUUCAGUUAUCAUCAGUGGUAUUCCUGAAGAAGCUGUCAAGCGUGGAGUUUUCACUGAGGAGGCACUUAUUGAGCGAUUUAAGAAGGUUGAGAAGGUCACCAAAGGAGUAUCCCUUGUGCCAGAAAAUGGAGGAAGUCUGUCCCUGUACUUCCUAUCAUGGGCUCAAAGUUUUUUGUUGAGUACUGUCAGGGACCACACCCCUUCAUCAGUUAAAUUAUCACAGCCAGUUCCUUCAGAUAUUUCCACUUUAGAAGCCAUUCAAGAAGCAAGAUAUUGGGUUGAUCGAGGAGAUCUCUUGCAAGCCCUUCGUUAUAUGAAUUUACUGAAGGGAUAUUCUCGAAGAAUAGCUGCUGAUUGGAUCAAAGAGACAAGGAUCCAUCUUGAAACUCUUCAAGCUGCAGAGGCAUUAAUGGCUCAUGCUGUUUCAAUUGGGAUGUUGUAAACCCAAACAAUAAGAAAGUGUUUGCACUUACUUUUUUAUUGUUGUCUUUUUUUUAGGCCUCCUUGUUCUUUAGUACCUGACUUCUCAGUUGUUGAAAUGACAUACUCAUGUCUGCUUAAUUACUGUUACUCCAUUGAGGCACUCAUUUCCGAAAAAAUAGGGUUUCUUUUACAGCAAACUCUGCUGAUCAGAUCAUUGUUAUUCAAUCUUGGCCAGUUAAUUAAAAUUGAAAAGAAUCA